CCUCCUCCUCCUCCGCCGCCGCCGCCACCGCCGUCCGCUCCACUGUGCCUGUUGCUGCGUCGCGGUGGGACCCGCAGCGUCCUCCGCGGGGUGGAGAAGAGGCGGGAACCGAGCCUAGAGGAUCCUCCGGCCCCCGGCGGCGGGAAGAGCGCUUCCAGCCGGGCACGAUGGAUGCCCCGCCUGCCCAGGCCGUCUCCAAGAUGCCCCCGAGCACCUGCGCGUCCCGGCCGGGCCCCGGGCUCUGAGAGCAUCGCAGCACAGGAUUCUGCUUCAGCAGUGUGUCAAAUAGAUUGCGGGGUCCAGAAUAGAAAAAACAGUGGCAACAUUUUGCUGAGUUUCCCAGACCUCUCCCAAGAUGGAACCGAUCACAUUCACAGCGCGGAAACACCAGUUCCCUAACGAGGUCUCGGUGGACUUCAGCCUUCAGCUGGUGGGCUUUUUGCCGGUGCACGCUCUGACUACCAUGCCCAUGCUGCCUUGGGUUGUGGCAGAGGUGCGAAGACGCCACGGGCAGUCCUGCAGGAAGGAGCCUGUCCCCAAGCAAGUCCAGCUUUGUGUUUCACCCUCUGGGCUAAGAUGUGAACCCGAGCCAGGGAAAAGUCAACAGCGGGAUCCACUGAACUGUUCCACCAUCUUUGAGUGCAAGCCUCAGCAUGUUCACAAACUGAUUCACAACAGUCACGACCCAAGUUACUUUGCUUGUUUGAUUAAGGAAGAUGCCGUCCGUCGGCAGAACAUCUGUUAUGUGUUCAAAGCAGAUGAUCAAACAAAAGUGCCUGAGAUCAUCAGCUCCAUCCGCCAGGCGGGGAAGAUCGCCCGUCAGGAGCUGCACUGCCCCUCGGAGUUUGAUGACACGUUUGCCAAGAAGUUCGAGGUGCUCUUCUGUGGCCGCGUGACGGUGGCGCACAAGAAGGCCCCGCCAGCCCUGAUUGACGAGUGCAUUGAGAAGUUCAACCAUGUCAGCUGCAGCAGGAAAGCAGACCUGGACUUGCCCUCACAGAGCCCCGACAGCCCCAGCCCCGGGAGAGCACUGCCCUUCCUGGAGAAGCUCGGGUCUGAGCCACUCUUGGGGACUGGGAGCUUGGGGACUGGGCUGGUGGGGCCCGCCAGGAGGCCCAUGCGCAAGUCCUCCUCCCAGCCUGGACUGCGCUCGCUGGCCUUCAGGAAAGAUUUUCCCGAUGGCAGCCUCAGGAGUAGUGGCUUUUUCAGCUCUUUUGAGGAAAGUGACAUUGAGAACCACCUCAUUAGCGGACACAAUAUUGUGCAGCCGACAGAUAUUGAGGAAAAUCGAACUAUGCUCUUCACGAUUGGCCAAUCUGAAGUUUACCUCAUCAGUCCUGACACCAAAAAAAUAGCAUUGGAGAAAAAUUUUAAGGAGAUAUCCUUUUGCUCUCAGGGCAUCAGACACGUGGACCACUUUGGGUUCAUCUGCCGGGAGUCUUCUGGAGGCGGUGGCUUUCAGUUCGUCUGCUACGUGUUUCAGUGCACCAACGAAGCUCUGGUCGAUGAAAUUAUGAUGACCCUGAAGCAGGCUUUCACGGUGGCUGCGGUGCAGCAGACGGCCAGAGCGCCAGCCCAGCUGUGUGAGGGCUGCCCCUUGCAGGGCCUGCAUAAACUCUGUGAGAGGAUAGAGGGAAUGAAUUCUUCUAAAACCAAAUUAGAACUGCAAAAGCACCUGACAACAUUGACGAAUCAGGAGCAGGCGACUAUUUUUGAGGAGAUCCAGAAAUUGAGACCAAGAAAUGAGCAGCGAGAGAAUGAAUUGAUUAUUUCUUUUCUGAGAUGUUUAUAUGAAGAUAAACAAAAAGAACAUGUCCAUAUUGGAGAAACGAAGCAGACAUCACAGAUUCCAGCAGAGAAUAUUGGAAGUGAAUUACCACCCAGUGCCACCCGAUUUAGGCUAGAUAUGCUGAAAAACAAAGCAAAGAGGUCUUUCACAGAGUCUUUGGAAAGUAUUCUGUCCCGGGGUAAUAAAGCCAAAGGCCUUCCAGAACCCUCCGCCAGCGUGGAUCUGGAGAGCUCCGUGUCUAGUACAUUAAGUAACACCAGCAAAGAGCCGUCUGUGUGUGAAAAGGAAGCCGUGCCCAUCUCCAGGAGCUCCUUCAAGUUCCCGGGCUCCUCGGAUGACCUGUCCAGUGACGCGGAGAGCCGUCUCCUGGAAGAGCCUGCCCCACUGUCACCCCAGCAGGCCUUCAGGAGGCGGGCCAACACCCUGAGUCACCUCCCUGCGGAGUGCCAGGAGCCUCCGGAAGCUGCCCGGGCGUCUCCAGUGGUCCCACAGAGGAAACUUGUGAGGUAUCACUCAGUGAGCACAGAGACACCUCAUGAACGGAAUGUGGACGCUCCUCCUGGGGGCCAGCCUGGGCCUUGCCCAGCGCAGCCUUCAGCUCCUCCACCUCGUCUUAACCCCUCGGCCUCCUCGCCAAACUUUUUUAAGUACCUAAAACAUAAUUCCAGUGGAGAACAAAGUGGGAAUGCUGUGCCAAAGAGCAUCUCCUACCGUAAUGUCCUGCGGAAAAAACUUCAUUCUUCUUCCUCUGUGCCAAAUUUUCUAAAAUUUCUGGCUCCUGUAGAUGAAAAUAACACCUCUGACUUUAUGAACACAAAAAGGGACUUUGAAUCCAAAGUAGAGCGCCUUGGCGACUGUGGCGGGACCCCGGUGAAGGCCCGCAGGCACUCCUGGAGACAGCAGAUAUUCCUGCGAGUGGCCACCCCACAGAAGGUGUGCGAUUCUCCAGGCAGAUACGAAGAUUACUCAGAGCUGGGAGAGCUUCCCCCAAGAUCUCCUUUAGAACCAGUUUGUGAAGAUGGCCCCUUUGGCCCUGUACCAGAGGAAAAGAAAAGGACAUCCCGUGAGCUUCGAGAGCUGUGGCAGAAGGCGAUUCUGCAACAGAUACUGCUGCUCAGAAUGGAGAAGGAAAACCAGAAGCUACAAGCCUCCGAAAAUGAUUUGCUGAAUAAGCGCCUGAAGCUUGAUUAUGAAGAAAUCACUCCUUGUCUUAAAGAAGUAACUGCAGUGUGGGAAAAGAUGCUGAGCACUCCUGGGAGAUCCAAAAUUAAGUUUGACAUGGAAAAAAUGCACUCUGCUGUCGGGCAAGGUGUGCCACGUCAUCAUCGCGGUGAAAUCUGGAAAUUUCUAGCCGAGCAGUUCCACCUUAAGCACCAGUUUCCCAGUAAACAGCAGCCAAAGGAGGUGCCAUACAAAGAACUGUUAAAACAGCUGACCUCCCAGCAGCACGCGAUUCUCAUUGACCUUGGGCGGACCUUCCCAACACACCCGUACUUCUCUGCCCAGCUCGGAGCAGGGCAACUGUCCCUGUACAACAUUCUCAAGGCCUACUCCCUUCUGGACCAGGAAGUGGGGUACUGCCAGGGUCUCAGCUUUGUAGCCGGCAUUUUGCUGCUUCACAUGAGUGAGGAAGAGGCCUUUAAAAUGCUCAAGUUUCUGAUGUUUGACAUGGGGCUGCGGAAACAGUAUCGGCCGGACAUGAUUAUUUUACAGAUCCAGAUGUACCAGCUCUCACGGCUGCUCCACGACUACCACAGAGACCUCUACAACCACCUGGAGGAACACGAGAUUGGCCCCAGCCUCUACGCCGCCCCCUGGUUCCUCACUGUGUUUGCCUCCCAGUUCCCGCUGGGCUUUGUGGCCAGAGUCUUCGAUAUGAUCUUUCUUCAGGGAUCAGAGGUCAUAUUUAAAGUGGCUUUAAGUCUUUUGGGAAGCCAUAAGCCCUUGAUUCUGCAGCAUGAAAACCUAGAAACCAUAGUCGACUUUAUAAAAAACACACUACCCAACCUGGGCUUGGUCCAAAUGGAAAAGACCAUCAAUCAGGUAUUUGAGAUGGACAUCGCUAAACAGUUACAAGCUUAUGAAGUUGAGUACCAUGUGCUUCAAGAAGAACUUAUCGAUUCCUCCCCUCUCAGUGACAACCAAAGAAUGGAUAAAUUAGAGAAAACCAACAACAGCUUACGCAAACAGAACCUUGACCUCCUUGAACAGCUGCAGGUGGCAAAUGGUAAGAUCCAGAGCCUCGAAGCCACCAUCAAGAAGCUCCUGAGCAGUGAGAGCAAGCUGAAGCAGGCGGCGCUGGCCCUGGAGCUGGAGCGGGCGGCCCUGCUGCAGACGGUCGAGGAGCUGCGCGGGCGGGUGGCGGAGCUGAGCGGCCGGGGGACGGACGACUCAGCACCACCCAGCACUGUCUAGGCCUUAACCAGAGGGACAGAGAGGGGGUGCUGGAGGGAGCUGAGGGAGUGUGAAGCAUGCUUCUCAGGGAGGACACUGGCUCGCCAGUGUGCAGAGUCCCAUGAACCUAAACCUGCAAUUCAGGGGCGAGUGUCCCAGUGGUUUCGUUGUUUAAGGUUUUCAUUCAUGCGUUCUCUGCUCCCGAUUCCUGUACACAGUAGCUUUAGAUGGCCUGGACAUGAAUAAAUGCACCUUUAUGUUUUC